GGGGCAUUGAAGAGUGAACAGGAGCAUUUGAUAUAAAAAGUCGAGCUUCCAAGGCUCGGCAGUCACUCCAACUCCAAGUUGCUGGCCGGUUGUGUUCGAAUACACCGACGCACAAGGAAUCUACUCCAACUUCAGAGAUGCUGCUGUUUGUGAUCAGCUUUGCCACUUUGUGCACCGCCGCUGCACGGCCUUCGCUCAGCUAUCUGGAGAAUCAUUUCACCGCCGACAAUGAGUCAGAGGAAGUACGCACAGCUGCCAUCAAGAGACUUUUGGAAGUUUUUGGGAUGGAGGACCCCCCUGCUAUCCAUCGACACAAGCAACCACCUCAGUACAUGCUUGAUCUGUACAACACGGUUGCUGAUGUGGACGGUGUGACAAAGGACCCGUAUCUUCUAGAGGGAAAUACUGUGCGCAGCUUCUUUGACAAAUUGCACAGUGAACAGGUGGAGUUCAGGUUCAAUUUGUCCACGGUGGCCAGAACUGAGAAGAUUCUCACUGCAGAGCUCCAUCUUUUCAAGCUGCAGCCACUGGCACCACUGACAUUCAACAGGCACCAUUUUUGCCAGGUUAGUGUUUAUCAGCUGCUUGACACCAGCAAAAACAACAAAACACAGCAGAAGAAGCUGCUGUCUUCUCGGCUCAUCCCAGUUCACUCUACUGGUUGGGAAGUGUUCACCAUUACACAAGCAGUCCGAUCCUGGAUGAUAGAUGAAGGCAGUAACAUGGGUCUCCACGUGGUGGUUCGAACCCUAGGGGGAAGCCAGAUGGAUCGGAAACUGAUCCGCUUUGCUUCAGGACGCAACCAUCACCAGAGCAAACAGCCCAUGUUGGUCCUCUUCACUGAUGAUGGCCGCCGCCGCUCUACUUCUCUUGAAAGCAUAGACCCAAACGAUACCACAGCCCCUUCCAGUCUGCCUCAGGCCCCCGUGACAGGUCUCUCUUCCCGCAGCGCCCGCUCCCUGGACUACAGUGAGGAAGAAGGUGUGUCGUUACCCUGCAAGCGCCUGCCUCUCUAUGUCGACUUUGAGGAGAUCGGCUGGUCAGGCUGGAUUGUGUCUCCCCGGGGCUACAACGCUUACCACUGCAAAGGCUCCUGCCCCUUCCCUCUAGGUCAAAACAUGAGGCCGACCAACCACGCCACCGUCCAGUCCAUCAUCAACGCUCUGAAGCUGAUCAAAGGCAUUGAGAAGCCGUGCUGCGUCCCCGACAAGCUCUUCUCCAUUAACUUGCUCUACUUUGAUGAUGCUGAAAAUGUGGUGCUCAAACAGUAUAAUGACAUGGUGGCUGGAAGCUGCGGCUGCCACUGACGUCAACUAGUCAAUGGUAUUGGGCAGCACAGAUAUUCAUAAAAAAUAAAAUGUAAAUGGGGCUCAAUUGCAACUAAUGAGUAAUGUGCAGAGUCCCAUGUGUGACGUUGUAAUAUAUGUAAAUAUCCAUAAAUUAUAAUAUAUGGCAGUGA